AUGGACGGCGUGCUGACCCCCGAGUACAGGGAUUGCGUGCUCACACCAGGCCUUAUGGCGAUUGUAGCUGACGGCACCGGUCGCAAGUGGUUUUCUCAAUUGUCACGUAUGUCGAGUGUACCGUCAAUGGAACUUUUGGAACAGCUCGGUACGGAAGGCACCAGAGUGUCUGGCAGUGCAGCUACGACGACUGCUACAGCAUUGUCGCCAAUGACGUAUGACUGGCUAGUGCAAAACGGUGACUGGAGUGACGAACUGGCGUGCAACACACUGGCUUUGGAGCAGUGUCGAUUGCCACCACAGAGUGUCGUGAACGGUGAACUGCUGCAUGAAGGUAGUUUCACCUUGACUUUUCGUGCUACUUUGAAGAUAGAAGGCCAGACCAAUCGUCAGGUGGUCGUAAGACGCCUGCUUCUGGAACUGGCAGAUCAGGAGACGUAUUGUCAGGCCUUCAUGGCAGACAUAUCACUCAGUGCUUCAUUGUUGCAUCCACGCAUCGUGGCUUUUGUAGGGUUUUAUGACCCCACACGGCAUGUCUAUGACCUCGACUCGCCUUCAUCGCCGGCGUACAUGACAAAUCAGGCACAGCCGUCAGCAGUGACUGAAUUCAUGCCAAACGGGGAUUUGCGAGCGCUGCUGACACUGCGGCCCCGCAACGCAUACAACUUUGGCUGGUUCCAUUCCGUCUCAAUGCCGAAAACCAAGGCACAACUUGCACUGGACAUUGUAGAUGCGCUCGUGUAUUUGCACUCUAGACCAACAGGCGUCAACUUAACACUUCAUCAUCAACGACUCAAGGCUCAGCGCGUACUGCUAUCGGAACAGUGUGAUGCAAAACUGUGCGCGUUUGGUGUACGCCGUGCUUUGGAUGUUCAGGCCACAUUUGCACGCAACGAUUUCUCUGUUGCGUGGUUAGCACCUGAGAUUCUACGAGGUGAAUCUACAAGUGAACAAGCGGAUGUGUACGCUUUAGGAGUGCUGUUUACGGAGCUCGACACGUGUACGCUGCCAUUUGCGGCAGGCGUGGACAUGGACGAUGACAUGGACGAGCAGCGCCAACUCGCGCUGUUAGUCAGCUCGGGUUGCAUCCGUCCAGCUUUGUCAAUGGACUGUCCGAUGCAAAUUCAAGAGCUCGUCAUGCGUUGCCUCAGUUUCUCACCGCAGCAGCGUCCGCCUGCAGUUGAAGUGCAGCACACGCUGCGAAAUCUCAUUAACGGCACAAGUAUUUGCGAUUCCUCAUUGGCCUCGCUUUCGUCCAAUGUGUCGUCGUUGCGAAGCACAUCAGAGCUUAGCACUACAAUACUCAGCACGAUCUUCACUCCAUGA